AUGAACCUGGCCCACACCAUUGUGCUCCUGUGGACAUGGGGGAGUCUCCAGGCCUUUGAAAUUGUGGAGAAGGAGAACAUUUUUCAGAGGACCCCCUGCCCUGCUUUCCUGAUGUUCGACAAUGCAGCCUACCUGGCCGACAUGAGCUUCGAGCUGCCCUGCCACUGUAAGCCCGAGGAGGUUUCUGCUGUCGUCUGGUACUAUCAAAAGCACCUUGGUACUAACACCAAAGUGCUGACGGACUUUGAUGGGCAGGUGAUGACAGAGGCAGCGCAGGUACGGGUAGGCAGUGACCUGCUGGUCCGCUUCAGCAUUCGCAUGUUCAGCCUGUUGGUUUUUCGGGCCCAGCCCGAAGACUCGGGCUUGUAUUUCUGUGGCACCCGCAAGGGGGACUACUUCUAUGCCUAUGAUGUGGACAUCCAGAGCAGUGAGGGAAUGGUGGCCACCUUCAAGGACCUGGGCCAGGAGCCCUUUGCAGACGAGUACCGUGGGAGCCUCCAUGUCUUCACCACCUUCUGGGAGUGGACCCCCUGUGACCGCUGCGGGGUGCGUGGGGAACAGUGGCGCAUUGGCCUCUGCUAUCUGCAGAGUCCGGACCUCUCCCCACGCUACCGCAAGACACUGCCGGAUGUGGUGUCCUGUGGUUCUCGGGCUGUGCCAAGGAAGCUUCAAGCCAAGGCCAGGGACCACACUCCCGAGCUGCUGGUUCAGAGCUGCAUGGUGCCCUGCAAGAAUACGACAACGACCCGGAAGGGCGUGAUGGCCAUUUUCAACUAUGUGUCCAAAGUAGGCAGCCGGCCCUGGGUGCCCCAGGUGCCCAUUCAGUUCCACCAGCAGAGGCUGGGUCACGGACUCAUCCUCUCCUGUCCUGGGGCCCGGCCAGAGCACGCUGUGGCCUGGGACAAGGACCAGCAGUACUUCUAUCGCACACAGUACUUGAAGGGCACCAAUAGGUCCAUGAGGGUGUUCAUCGACCAUGGCAACCAUCUCCACAUCCGCUUCACCCAGCUGGAUGACAGGGGCAUCUACUAUUGCUGGCGGCAGGGCGUGCGGGUCGCUGGUUUCCGAUUGGGCUUGAUAUCUCGAGGGCCCUACAGGGUCUCAUUCUCAGACCCGGAGGUCCGCUCUGCCCUGGAGCUCACCCUGAUAGGGUACCUGCUCAUCACAGCAAUCUUUGUCACCACUCACCUCUGUCGCUGCUGCUGUUACUCACUUCGCUGUUAUCCCACCUUCUCUCGCUAG